UUCAACAUAACUCUAGGACAAUCUUCCCGGGAAAGCGCUCUGACGACGACCUACCAUAUCUUACACUCCCUUCUUCUCUAUUCCUGUGGCAAAACAAGCUCCAACAAGUUCAUCAAUGGCGUCAAUUGCCAUGAAAUUCGGUGGAAACUUAUCUAGAGAUCACAGUGCUACUACUAUUGAUACUCUUCCUCUCUCAUUUCGUCGUUCUCUUUCUCCUUUUCGCUGGAUAAAUUUCUCCUUCCGGAAACUUGAACCUAAACCUUGCUGCUUUGCUGUUAGAGCUGUUAAGCGAAGUCCAAAGCGUCUCAAAUACGCCACUCCUCGAUUCUCUAAGGAGGGAGGCCUGCUUUAUGUGGAGGUUGAUCCUUCAGGAAUAGACAGUUGGAAGCUAGAACCUGUUAUUAAGCAAUUGAAGGAAGGAGCAGUUGGUGUCAUUCCCACUGACACAGUGUAUGCAAUUGUCUGCGAUAUGAAUAGUCACUCUGCCCUUGAACGGCUUAGGAGGAUUAAGAAUAUUGAAACUACCAAGCCACUUAGCAUCUUGUGUCGCUCAUUCCAUGAUAUUGAUGUGUAUACAAUGGGCUUCCCUCGUGGUGAUAGCUUAGGUCAUCCAAACAUAUUUCGAGCUGUGAAGCAAUGCCUGCCUGGACCUUACACUUUCAUCUUAACUUCAAGCAAAAAUCUACCAAAACAAUGUACCAAUUAUGCACCGGGUAAUGCAAAAUAUGCACCAAUGAAGAGCAUAGGUGUUCGUAUGCCAGAUGAUCCUGUAACCAAGGCAAUCCUUGAGAAUUUGGAUUCACCUUUAAUAUCCACCAGUGUCAAGGCCCCAAAAGAAAAUGAGUGGAUUUUGGAUCCUGUUGUGAUCGCCGAUGUGUAUGGAAAAGAGGGCCUUGAUUUUAUUGUUGAUGCUGGUCUGAGAAUAGCUGAGCCGUCUACUGUGGUUGACAUGACUAGUAGUCCUCCAAAAAUCAUUCGUUUGGGGAAGAUGUCAAAGGAGCAUUGUAUUGAAGAGCUUUGUGAUUGUGGUUAUGAAGUUGAGAUUAAUACUGAUUGGAGCGACUUCGAUCCAGGGCGUGAAUUUGUUGCUUGCCCUUUCUACUUGGCUGACGGUUUAGGAUGCACAUACUUUCGCUGGAUUGCUCCGGAGGGUACAAAAUGGCAGAGAGACUUAAUAAUACGGCUUGAGAAGGAAAAACAAGAGCUUAAAGAUGAGGUAUUUAAUCUAAAGAAUUAUGAGAAAAUUAUGAGAAAGUUAACUAAGCCUUCUUAGUUACGGACGCUAGUUUAACUUAAUGCAUGAAGUAUGUAAUUGGAUUUGGAUUUGUUGAACUUGCUUGAAAUUGUGUUGAAUGUUGAAUAGCAACAUCCUUAUUUGAAUAUGAUUGUAUGUUUGUUUUUGAUUAAAUUUAUGCUGCAUUGUUCGCGGAA